AGCUUGAGCCCCGCCGCCCAGCCCGUCCGGGCCGCCCGCCCCCCGGAUGAUGGCGCAGAUGAGCAACCUCUGCUGCCCCGGGCGCCCGCACGAGGAGGCGCCGCGCGGGCCGCCAGCCCCCGGCGGCGCGAGCGCGGCGCUCCUCGAGCGGCUGGUGCAGGCGCUGGAGCAGAAGCGCGGGACCGCGGGGGCCGCUGAGAUCCAGCAGUUCUUGGACCAGAACAGGGCCGAGGUCGCGAAGGCGCUGAGCAGGUUCGCUCUGAUGCACCUCCAUGGGAGGUCCAAUUCUGACUCUGCGCCCUGGCCUGAAGUCCGGCUGACCCCGGCUCGCUCCCGCUUCAUCCCGGUGAUAAUCCCGCUCGAUCUGGCAGAAUCCCGCUUAAUCCGCAGCCUAAUCCGGCGUAGUAGCCCCCCAGUGGGGCUCAAUCCUCAGUCUUUCCGACGAAGACCUCCCAGCAGUUGCCUCCGAAGGUUCGGCCCCGCGGGAGAGCUCGAGAGCGGCGAGCCGCUGCCAGCGAGCUGCUUCAACGACUUCUACAAGUGGACGAUGCUCCCCGUGGUACGUGCCGCCGAGCGCGCCUCCGGAGGCGUGCGGUGCACGUUCAGCGUGAACAUCCGCGACAAGGGAUACCGACAGCAGCUCUACGACUCGGCCGUCGGCGCCUCGAGCCCGGACCUCUUCGAGGACGUCAAGCGCCGGCUGCGCGGCCUGACCGAGCGGGUCUUCGACAGGGCCCUCUUCGAGCAGUGCGCGAGGGACUGCCAGCUCCCGCACUGGGGCGCGGACGCCCUCGACGCGGUCUGCGGCCCCGCCCGCGCCCCGCGCGCGCUCGUGCAGGAGUUCCGGGCGGACGCGGGCUGCCGCGCGCCAGCCGCCCCGGAGGCCCAGGACUCCGUCCUGGUCCAGGUCUUCGUGGCGCGGGACGAGAAGCUGGAGCAGGACCGGGUCUACAUCGAGGCCACUGGCCCGUGGCACAGGGUCACCUGGCUCGAGACCUCCAUGAUGCAGGUCGUCUACGAGUGCCUGCUCCGAGACCGCAUGCGGCAGCGAUACGGUGUCUCCAGGUCGCCCUCGGGCGCAUGGGACGACGGCGCUUGGUUCGCAGACUGGCUGGCCGAGGCCAUGUGCCGCUGCGCGCGGAGCGUCCAGGCCGCCCAGGAGUCUGGGAUGAGGGGCGCGCUCUUUACGGGCCGGCGCACGGGCGGGCUGUCGCUGAUGGUCCUGCAGGGCCUCUACGUGCAGCAGUGCGGGAUGCCCCUGUCGCACGUCGUGUCCCACGUGCUCUACUUCUACAGGAGCAAGCCGCAGGGCGACGUCAGGGACGGGGCGCGGAAGAACCUGAUGCCCAUGCUCUCCGACACGAUAGGCAGCCGGGCCUUCAUGCGGACGGCCUCGAGGCUCAGAGUUCCCUUUGGGGCGCACAAGGGCGAGCCCGUGCUCUCGGUCAUCGGCGCCGCGCGCCAGGACUCUGGAACUCUCCAGGGGUUCAGCGACAUCAUGGGCGAGUUCGGGUUCCAGGGCGCCCUCAUGGCCUCGGAGAUCGAGACGAGCUCGGACCUGGCCGAGGCCUCCCGGGUCGGCUACAAGCUGUUCGGCGCCGGGGGCUUCAUGGGCGACUCGGAGAAGGCCUGGGACGGCACGAAGACGAACAUCAGCAUGGCCGUGAAGGUGCUGCGCGUGUACGUCGGCGGCUCGGCCGUGGCCAGCGCCUUCCCGCCCGUGAAGACGGGUGAGGUCGCCGCCGAUGGCAAGAUCAAGGAGGACAAGUUCGACAUCGAUGGGACCCUGCCCCGGGAGAGGUUUGACCACGCGCGCCAUCGGGCCCAGGUGCUCUGUCAGGCCGCGCCCAGGGUGUCGGACCAGGAGCUCCAGGGCCUCUUCGAGGGAGCGCUCCGGAGGUUCCUCCCCGACGAGUUCCUCGCCUGA